AUGCCGCCGCACCCGUUUGAGCUGUUCGUUCCCUACACCACCACCGAGCACAUUAUGCGUGACCGGCCCGUGCGUCGAUGCACGCUGCCACCACCACCUGUGUUCGACACGACCUCGUCACCACCACCAGCGUCAGCAUCAGCAGCAGCGUUCCUGUCGCCUCCGCAACGAACGCGCGCGCGCAAGAAGCGCAUACCGCUGCACCAGCUGCGUGCUUCUGGCUCGUCCAAGAUGACCCGAGUGACGAAACCCUUCAUCCACUACAAGCAAUACUCGGAGACGUUCUACACAUUGUGGCAUUCAUCUCGCGAAUCCCCUGCGGAUCGAGAUGAGCGUGCCGAACCGGCGCAUCCUGGUGGCAAGGAGAACGGUGCGGCAAGCCCACAUAUUCUUGCGCUCCCUCGAUCACCAGCUCCACUGUGUCGGGCCCACAAGGAACAGCGCCACAAUAUGCUCACGUCUGCGUCGUCAACCCCCUGCACGUCGUAUUCGUCGUCGUUGACCUCAUGCACGUCAUCUUCGCCAUCCGCCGCCGGUUCGACCGCAUCGAGGUCGAGAUCUGCGUCGAACGAGUCGAACUUCUCCAGAUUCGAGUGGCAAGAUACGGAUGCCCGAGCCUUUGACACUUCUUUGGGUCCACACCAACGUUCGAAGUCUCCCAUGACGCCCCUCUCUUCCACAAGCUCGUCAUCGCUUUCGUCCCUCCCCACCUCGAUCGAAGGCGGCUCCGAAGAGGAGGAUGAGGAGGAGAAUGAGGAGGAAGACGAGGAAGACGAGGAGGAAAACGCGGAGGAAGACGAGGAGGAAGACGAGGAGGAAGACGAGGAGGAAGACGAGCGCCUGGACCAGUUCACCAACUUUGUCCUCGGAGGUUUGCGCGCGAUCCGAUACGAGGACAUCUCGAAGCGAGCCAGAACAGUUGCUUCUCUGAAGAGGAAGCGAGGCGGAUUUCUGGUGGGAGUGGAGGUUGCGUUGUCAUGA